AUGGCUAACCUUUCUUUCUACCAAUAUUCAUCCUUAUUUGUAUAUCUCUUGUUACAACUUUUCUCAGUUUCUUCUGAGAACGCAUCUAAGGGUUUUAGUGCGAAAUUCAUUCAUAGAGAUUCACCCGAAUCACCGUUAUACAACUCAUCUGUUAGCCCGAAGGAACGCUUGAAUGGAGUCAUUCAACGAUCAAUAUCCCGCUUGACACAUUUCAAGUCGACUCUUAACAUCAAAACCAUGAAUAGCGUAAAAAAUCCAACCAUAAACAUAAACUCGACAAUGUUAAUGGGUGCAGGCGAGUACAUCAUGGAGUUUUACAUUGGCACACCACCUUUCAAGCAAUUAGCGAUCGUGGACACGGGCAGCGACACCACAUGGACUCAAUGCCUUCCGUGCAAUAUCUGCUUCAAGCAGAAACAACCCAUAUUUAAUUCUGAAAAGUCGUCCACCUUUCAACCACUACCAUGCACUUCGAGUUCAUGCAAUGAUUUACAACUCGAUAAGACGUGUUAUAAAGCGAACACAACUUGUGGAUACCGAGUAUCCUAUGGAGACCAAUCCUACUCCACGGGAGUACUCGCCACGGAAACUUACACAAUCGGGGGAAUUUCGUUCCCAAAGUUAGUCUACGGGUGUUCGCACGCUUCCCAUGGAGAGUUUCAGCGCGAUUCUUCGGGAAUUGUGGGCCUAGGAGAUGGGACCCUCUCGCUGAUUAAUCAAUUUCGAAAAACCAUCCAAAGAAAAUUUUCUUAUUGUUUGUUAUCCGAUCAUAAAAAGGGUAAGAAUAGCAAGAUCAACUUCGGCUCCAAUGCGGUUGUGUCGGGUUCGAAAGUGGUUUCAACUCCAAUAGAAAAACGUGACCAAGAUACCUACUAUUACCUCACCUUGGAAGGGAUGAGCGUUGGAAAAUCAAGAUUUCCAUGCAAUGCAACAACAAGAUACGGAAAAGAUGGUCCAAUUAAGCAAGCUGGUAACAUCAUAAUUGACUCGGGCACGACACUUACGUUUUUGCCCGCGACCUUGUGCGAUAACAUUGAGAACUCGAUGAAACGUGCAAUUAAUGCACAUCCAAUUCAGGAUCCAGAAGGGUAUUUCACACUUUGUUAUAAGAAAACAAAGAAAUUUACUGCUCCCACAAUUACGGCUCAUUUUGCUGGUGGGGCGGACUUGAAAUUGCCGUGGACAAGCACUUUCUACAUUGACGACGAUUUGGAUAUGAUGUGCCUAGGGUUUACUGCAAGUGAAGAUGUGAACAUAUAUGGGAACAUUGCUCAAAGGGAUUACUUGAUUGGAUAUGAUCUUGAUAAACAAAUCGUUUCUUUCAAACCAACGGAUUGCUCCAAGGAAUAG